UUCAUAUCGAAGAAAACUCAAAUAGAGGCAUCAAGAGUGGAAGAUCACUAUCUAUUUCCCAUUCUAUUGUUUCCUUAUUAGUUUUCUCUGAUACUCCCAUUCAAAAGUAGAAAAGAUACCGAAGAGCUCGCUCAUUCACAAAAUAACCAAAAUGGCUCUAACUCACAACGUAAUGGCAGUUACAUUUGGAGUCAUGGGCAACAUCAUAUCGUUCAUCGUUUUCUUGGCACCAGUGCCAACUUUUGUCAGAAUCUGCAAGAAAAAAUCGAUAGAAGGGUUUGAAUCACUUCCAUAUGUGUCAGCGCUCUUUAGCGCGAUGCUAUGGAUUUACUAUGCUCUGCAAAAAGAUGGAGCAGGCUUCCUUCUCAUUACCAUAAACGCUGUGGGAUGCUUCAUCGAAACCAUCUACAUCAUCCUCUUCAUCACCUAUGCUAACAAGAAAGCUAGAAUAUCAACUUUGAAGGUACUUGGGCUCUUGAAUUUCUUGGGUUUUGCUGCUAUUAUUCUUGUCUGCGAGCUCUUAACCAAAGGAUCGAACCGUGAGAAAGUCCUUGGAGGGAUUUGCGUGGGAUUUUCCGUAUGUGUUUUCGCAGCUCCUUUGAGCAUCAUGAGAGUGGUGAUACGAACAAAGAGUGUGGAGUUUAUGCCUUUCUCUCUAUCAUUGUUUCUUACAAUCAGCGCCAUUACGUGGCUCUUCUACGGUCUUGCUAUUAAAGACUUCUACGUUGCGCUUCCAAAUAUAUUGGGUGCGUUUCUCGGAGCAGUUCAAAUGAUUCUCUACGUCAUAUUCAAGUAUUACAAAGCCCCAGUGGUUGAUGAGGCAGAGAAGCCUAAAACGGUGUCGGAUCAUUCCAUCAACAUGGUCAAGCUUUCGUCCACUCCAGCUUCUGGUGAUCUUACGGUUCAGCCGCAGACUAAUCCUGACAGUUUCAAUUGGGAAUCAUGGAAGAAACAAGGAGGAUUCUACAAUUCUCUCUACAACUCCAUCGACGACAUAGCCAACGCUGGAAUCACUCAUCUUUGGCUUCCUCCUGCUUCUCAAUCCGUUGCUCCUGAAGGUUACUUACCGGGAAAGCUAUACGAUCUAAACAGCUCCAAAUACGGUUCAGAGGCAGAACUGAAAUCGUUAAUCAAAGCGUUGAACCAAAAAGGAAUUAAAGCUUUGGCUGAUAUAGUGAUUAACCACAGAACAGCUGAGAGGAAAGACGAUAAAUGUGGAUACUGUUAUUUCGAAGGUGGGACUUCCGAUGAUCGUCUUGAUUGGGAUCCUUCCUUCGUCUGCCGCAAUGACCCUAAGUUUCCCGGUACCGGAAACCUCGACACCGGAGGAGAUUUUGAUGGAGCGCCUGACAUAGACCACCUGAACCCUAGAGUUCAGAAAGAGUUGUCGGAAUGGAUGAAUUGGCUUAAAUCUGAAAUCGGAUUCCAUGGUUGGAGAUUUGAUUAUGUUCGAGGUUAUGCAUCUUCCAUCACCAAAUUAUAUGUUCAGAAUACUUCACCAGAUUUUGCGGUGGGUGAGAACUGGAACGAUAUGAAGUAUGGAGGAGACGGGAAACUAGACUAUGAUCAAAACGAGCAUCGGUCGGGUCUCAAACAGUGGAUCGAGGAAGCGGGUGGUGGUGUGUUGACAGCUUUUGAUUUCACCACUAAAGGGAUCUUACAGUCUGCUGUCAAAGGUGAGCUUUGGAGACUAAAGGACUCGCAGGGAAAACCGCCUGGUCUGAUCGGAAUCAAUCCCGGAAACGCGGUCACUUUCAUAGACAACCAUGACACUUUCAGAACGUGGACUUUCCCUUCUGAUAAAGUCUUGCUUGGAUACGUUUAUAUUCUCACUCAUCCGGGAAUUCCUUGCAUUUUUUAUAAUCAUUACAUAGAAUGGGGGCUAAAAGAAAGCAUCUCCAAGUUGGUGGCGAUCAGGAACAAAAAUGGGAUUGGUAGCACAAGCUCCGUUACUAUCAAAGCGGCAGAAUCCGAAGACGAUUCCGGAAGCUACGACUCUGUAUCUGAAAUAGUUGUGAUUGAGGUCAGAGAGAAGUCAACGGAUAUGCCGGAGGAAGAGUCGAUAGAUAUCAAAUUCAGGUUGUACGAUGGCUCCGAUAUCGGGCCUUUUCGGUAUUCUGCGGCUUCUACUGUUGAUUUUUUGAAGCAGAGGGUCGUCUCUGAUUGGCCCAAAGGCAAAACAGUUGUUCCAAAGGGGAUAAAUGAAGUGAAGCUGAUAAGCUCGGGUAAGAUCUUGGAGAACAACAAGACCGUUGGGCAGUGUAAGACACCAUUUGGAGAGAUUGCUGGUGGAGUCAUUGUCAUGCAUGUUGUUGUACAGCCAUCUCUAGCUAAAACCAAAACAGAGAAGAAGGUUGAUAAAGCACCAAAGGCGGUAAUCUGCACAUGCACCAUUUUGUGAAGGGAGCAAGACCAAUGUAUCUAUCAUACACAUCGUUUCGAUUCUUCAGGAUAAUUGGAGCUUUCGCGAUCAUCAUUGGCAUCUAUUUUGUUCUUUGGGGAAAAAUGGGAGAACAAACCACGCCGCCACCUCCAGAGCCUACUGUUGUUUGAGGUUAUGUCUUUAAAGGUUUUAGUUUAUGUCAUGUAGUGGUCAUGGAUUCAUUAUCUUAAGUUGUUGAUUUAAUUUGAGGUAUUGUAGUAGUAACUUAAACCAAAAUUUUCAUGGGGACAGAAGUUAUCCUUGUACGAGGAAUGAGUUUAUGGUGUAAUAAUAUCGAUAAUCUUGA